CAUAAUUCAUGUUCAUUUAUCACGCUUCCCAACAUCCCAACAAUUGUUUACAAUAACUGGAUCGCAUUGACAGUUAAUUUAAUAAACUGCAGAGAUUAUAUUUUUUUUUAUUUACAAGAUGAUUAGCGAGAAUUUUAUGCAUAAUUGGGAUAACAGUUGAAUUGUGUAUUUAUAUUUCGUUCUUCGACGUAAUACAUCUUUGAGCUUUUAAUAGAUCUGUUUUAUUUCGAUGACAUGUUGCCAAAUAAUACGUUUAACAACCGGGAAUUUACGAUCUGUGUUAUUUUUAAGACAAUUUACUUCGAUUCAUAUUGCGAGUUUUAUUAACUAAUUAUAUUUGCGGUUUUUCAAAGAGCACUAUAUUGUCAAGGGAUGACUGGUCGCUGAAAGCUUGCCGAGGACAUUAAAAAGGUCGCUCGAACAUGGAUCAGAUCAUCGACAUAGAUGAUGUUGAAGAUGGAAUGCGCUCUUCCAAAAAUACAGCAGUCAGUUGCGUCAACUCAAACUCGAUAUGCUAUGUUGCGAUCACAAUCGCGACCCUGGCCUUCCUUGGCACCAUAGUCUUCGUCUGCAGGGAUUACAUCAAAGUGCUCCUUUAUUGGAUCGAACAUCAGAACGCCUGGAUGAUCGCUAUCAUCUUCAUAGGCCUGUUCACGGUAGUGUCGUUUCCGAUCGUGAUCGGUUAUCUGUUCCUCAUCAUCGCCAGCGGCUACCUGUUUGGUGCCGUGCACGGCAUAGCGAUUGUCAUACUCUCCGCCAAUCUCGGCAUAGCCAUAGCCCAUGUCACUUUGGGACUGCUGUCCACCAGGCUGCCGAUAGGCGCCCUCCUGCAGAGCGACACAGCGAGGGCGAUACUCCGCGUUAUCUCCGGGCCUCAAGCCUUCAAAAUCGUGCUGUUCGCGCGACUCACUCCGAUUCCUUUUGGUCUUCAAAACACUAUUUUUGCAGUCAGUAACAUAGGUGGUUUUCAUUACCACAUAGCGAGCGCGAUAGGUUUAUUACCGGCGCAAUUAAUCAACGUUUACUUGGGCAGCAGUUUAAGAUCGAUGCAAGAUGUGUUGGAGGAUAGAUCCACAGCCGCCACCGGCUACAUAGUUUUUUGCAUCCAGAUAUUAGUGGGACUCUCGCUAAUGGUUUAUAUCGUCCAAAAAGCACGAAAAGAGCUUCAGUUGACGUUGUUCAAAGCCGAUCUCGCGUCCGUGGCAAAUUCUCAUUAUAUUCUUGAUGGUCUGCCAGACUCCAAGAUAAUCUUAACGAAUCUAAUUGCGUAAAUUUUCUUUACGCUCAAAUUAUAGGCAAUUGCACUACAAUCUUUUGCUUAUUAUAAACAUAGCCCAGUUGAGAUUCUUUUUUAUAUUAUUGAUAUUUUUUUCAUAUAUUCCUUUAUAUACUUCCAGUAUUUUGCUAACUUACCAAUAGUGCUUCUAAAAAUCUAGGCUUUUGAAUCUAGGUAUUGUUGUACAUGUACAUGACAUCCAUAACAGGUAUAACAUGUAUUAAGUCUUACCAAAGUUUUAAUAUAAUUUUAAUAAUAAACAUACGAAGUUGAAUGGAGCACAUAAUGUUAUCGAUGUGUAAGCACGUAUAUUUUCGUAAAUAAUAAUGGAUGAAGCACAAGGGAAAGUCAACGCUACUGCAAAUACCAGUGUAUAAAGCUUUCUUGCAAUAAGAGUGUAUUAUAUAAUUUAUAUACUGCUCAUACACAUAUAUACAUUUAACAUUGGUAGAGACUGAGAAACUUUACAUUUAUCUCUUACAUGUUAUCAAUCAAUUAUUAUUGGUCUCUUUCAGUUCUUUAAAUCCAAUUGUUAACGUGAUGUUAAUGUUUAUGCAUUUGUCCGUCUUCUCAUGCGAUAUAUAUUGCAUUUGUAUAUUAUACAUAUAUAUACACAUAUAUUAUAAUUAUAUAUAUAAUUACAUAUGUAAAUAAUUAUAUUAUAAUUAUAUAUUAUAAAAUUACCGUAUAUUAUAAUUUUAUAUAUAUAUAUAUAUAAUUAUCUCUAUAUGACAAUGUCUUGGAUGGAGAAUACGUUCCAAUGAAUAAAUUUGGAAUUCUUUAAGCGAAUUUAUGUGUGUAAAUAAAUCCCAAACUCGUUAAUUUCAUAUGCACUUUAUAAACAUUUAUCUUUUUUUUCACCUGACUAGAGAGUUUUUUCGCGGCUAUGUCAACAUUUCAUUUUGUUCACGUCUCGAAGCACGAAGAAACCAAUGUUAUGUAUAUCUCUGUACAUGUAUAAUAUUCUAGUCCUUCCAACUUCGAGACAUCUAUUAUGUGUGUAUUUAUAUAUCGGAGGAAUGGCAGCGGCACCGUUUCGUUUUUUUUUGUUUUUGUUUUUUACAACAGAAAUUAUACAUACUUUUCUCUACAGCUCAUAUAUAUAUAUAUAU